AUGGCGUCUGCUAUCCUCCCGCUUGCUGAAAUUCCUACACUGUCUCUGCUCUAUCGCCUAAGACAUCUUACAGCAGCAGCUACCCCGCAGGUUUCCACGGCUUCACAGCGAUUCAACGAUAUUAUCAGUCAUGUAACGCAUGAUAUCACCCGGCUCGAGGUCGACUGCAUCGUGAAUGCCGCGAACGAAUCCCUUCUCGGUGGCGGAGGCGUCGAUGGAGCCAUUCAUCGAGCAGCGGGCCCAAACCUGCUGCGUGAAUGCCGUACGCUUGAUGGAUGCCAGACAGGUGAUGCCAAGAUCACCGAUGCCUAUCGAUUGCCAUGCAAGAAGGUCGUUCAUGCCGUAGGACCCGUGUAUGUGAUGGAGAGGUUUCGCGGAGGGCCUGGUAGGGGUGACGUGCGAAGACCAGAAAUGCUGCUGAGAGGCUGCUACCAACGCAGCCUAGAGCUCUUAGUCGCCAGUGGAUUAAAGAGUAUCGCUUUUUCGUCGAUCAGUACCGGGGUUUACGGGUAUCCAAGUGUCGAAGCAGCUACUGUGGCGAUCAAGGUAGUGAGAGAAUUCCUUGAAUCCCAUCCCGAGUCACUGGAGAGGGUAGUCUUCUGCACCUUUGAGAGAAAGGAUGUCAGGGCAUACGAUAUGCUCCUUCCCCAAUAUUUCCCUCCCACUGAACAGGAUCUUCCACCUUCCUCAACCACCAAGGCGGAAGAGACAGGAACCGAAGCUGGAAGUCCACAUGCCCCCGAGAUCCUCGCCGCCAGUCUUCCUGAUGCGCCAACAUCUGAACCAGUAAGUCAGGACGGCGGUUCCACGGCUAAAAAGGCAAAGCUAGCUCCGGAUGACAGCACCAUCACCGCUCGAGAUCUCGAAGAUGACGAUGAUUGGGAAAAGGUGGAUCAACCGGUGAACACCAAGGAGAACCUCGACGACGAUCCUGUGGAAGUUGACAACGGUCCAACCGCUGCGGACGUCCAGAGCGUUUCCAGCGCUGCCGAUCUUGAAUCCUCUCAUGAAGGAAAACUCAGAUAA